GACCUGGUUUGUGUUGACCCGGGCCCAGGAAGAAAAAUAAAAUCGGCCCGGCUGACGUCGUUUAGACGCUGAGAAUAAAAAAAUAAAAAAAAAUUUGAUUCCAAUUGAAACCUUCUUCAACAGUGAGAGUCGCCUUCUUCUUCCCAUUCUCCUCUUCAGCUGGACAAAUCCCUAGUUUCAUUUCUCUCGUCAGCAGCGAUUCAGCUCCACCUCACUGCCAGCCGCCACUCCGUCUUCUCGACGGUCAUCUCCGUGAGCUAGCCACUUCUUAGCAUAGCCGUUUCCGCCGAUGACUUUCUCUCUCCGCCGCCAACGCCCCAGCCACUGAUUCUCGCCGGAAAUCAGCUCCUCUGUUUCCCUCCGCCACUCCGCUCUGGUAAGUCUGUUCUAGGAAGCUUCGUUCUUUCUGUUGGGUGUUAGAAUUUAGCUUUGCUUAUCGUUUCUGCUUUCUAAUUCCAAUUGCUUAUGGUUGAAUUGCUGGUACACGGGUUUGGGAGCAUGUUCUAAUAUCCUUUGAUGAGUUUCAACAGCUUUUGUGAGAUGGAUUUGAAUAGCGUCGAACAAAGAUAGGUUCUUAAUGGGGAGUUAAUGUAUUCAAAGGUGAUUGAUUCAAGGGGUCUUGGCAGCGUAGGCCACUUUGGUAAGGUAGACCCUAGAAUGGUCCUGUUAGGCUGUUACCAGUGAUUGCUUGCAUAUAGAAGGUGAGCAUGAAUGCUAAUGUACCUUUUACUUGAUACCUAUUGUUGGAAGUGAGUCAAUUUCACUAACCUACGUAUAUUAAAGCUCUGCAAGUCAAGUUUCCGCGACACUGGAAUAGCUUGUACAUUUUCAGAUUGUUGUGGAAGAAAGUGUCUUUUUUGUGUGGUUAGAGUAAAUCUUACUCUUGUCAAGGAAGUUCUCAUGGGAAGAAGGUGAUUUUGUCAAUGCAGGUUCAUAAGUUGUACCCGACUUGAUGAUCAGCCCUCUUGUUUUCUCAACAUGAACAACCAGCGUGGCGAAGAACAUGAAGAAGCAACCGUAGCAGGAUUCGAAGUCCCCAAUUCUCCAGAUUCAAGCUACAGCAACCCUUACCCCGGGACCGAAGAUGAGGCAAGGGACCCACCUGCAGUCCCACCACACCUACAACAGACCUUGCUUACCUACCCAGCAAGUGCAGAUGCAUCGGAAUCAGUCCCACCUCCGCAGAAUGUUAUUCUAAACCAUCUCUACAUCGAAAAUCGGGAGCCCCCACGAUCUGUCGUGGCACUCGGGUUCACUCAUCGCUUUAGAUCAAAGUAUGUGACGGUUGUGCUGUACAAACCUGUUCAGAGGAGGGGGAGCAGCAGCUCAUAGGAUGCACAUAGAAUAAAAAAGGAGACCUUCAUUAGAAUGUGGGUUUUUAUUUCCCUCCCCCCUGACUCUCCCUCAUUUGUUCAACUUGCUUCUUAUAGGGUGUGCAGAUUAGAAGGGAGAAAAGGGAUGAUAAGGGAAAGAAUCCGGAAAGGAGAAUUUUUAUUUCCUCGUGACCGAAAUGAUGAUUGAACCUCGGAUGGUUCUCUCAGCUGGGAUUGUCAGCUGCUGUCAUUAGGGCUUUAGAUAGCAUUGGAUGGUUUUUUGCCUUUCUUAUUGUGUGAAAGAAAGGCAGAAACAUACUAUGUGUGUUCAUUCAAUGAUUUGGUCCAUGUUGAUGGUACUAGCUCUCUUAUUUAGUGAUUAUAUAUCUAUGUUAUAGCAUUUGAGGAGUUAGAAACUGGUGUGUUUCUGUAACUAGAGUGUUUCUGUUUUGUGUAUAUCUAUGGUACUAGCUCUCUCCAUUGCCCAUUAUAUGUGAUGAAGUUUGCCCAUAAAGUCAUUAUUCCUUCGAUAAAAGGUUUGGAUUCCCUUUUAGGCUGGGAUUAAUCAUUGAUCCAUGUCUGCAAAUUCCUCUCUAUGCAUUGCAUUACAGCAUGGUCCAGGAAACAGGGGAAAUAAUAAGACGGAAUAUCCUUGGCUUUGCCUAAGCAUGAAGCCACCACCAUUAGCAUAUCUCCUCCAACCAUCAACAACCACGGAAGAUCCCAAAACUAGCUAGGUAGCUUGCUAGUAAAGGAAAAGGACAGGA